CCCACACGCCCUUCUUGGCCGCACAUAGCACGUUUGUUUCUUAGCCCUCUUAGUCUGUCCUUCCAAACCCAUACGAUUCAGUCACGCCCGUCAGACUCACUCCAUCGUGCUCUUCCCAGAACAUUCACCCAGCUCGCGAUGGAUCGCCAUCGGCAUGUAACGCCUAUCCUGCUGCUACUUCUCCUCGCAGUCACCGCAUGCAGGGCCGCGAUUGCCGCGGCGAACCCCACGCAGUUCGAAAUCGCGAUGGCGGAAACCAUCGCAAUGUCCGCCGAUGAGCGCAUGCAGCUAAACGCCGCGAGACUAGGCCGAGCGAUGCUGCAACGAGCAGACGCUGACGCGAACGACGGAGACGACGCGGAGCCGUCGCGUCGCGAGCUCAAGGAGGGGGGCCGAGGGAAGCAGCUCGGUCUGAACCCUCCGCCGCUGAACUCCGGGCCGAGUAUGGCGGACGUCAACGGGACCUUCUUUCGGUUCGACUCCGUCGUUCCCAAUGCGACCGUCGACUGGCGGCUGAGCAAGUACAUCUCUCCCAUUCAGCGCCAGUUCCAGUGCGCGAGCUGCUGGGUGAUCGCAGCCGUCGAUUCCAUCUCCAUGAUGUGGGCGAUCACGACCAAGACCACUCCAGCGGUGCUGUCGCCGCAGCAGGUGUGCGACUGUGCGACGAAGCAGUGCUGCCAGGGCGGCUGGCCCGACUGGGCCUUCUCGUACGUGCUCUUCAACGGCGGGAUUCAGUCGGUCGACGACUAUGGAUACAUCGCGCAGGACAACCAGCUCUGCAGCAUCAACGCGUCCGUUCCCAACGUCGCUCAGAUUACCGGCUGGGAGCUCGUGCCGCCUUACAGCGCCAUGGCGUUGAUGAAAGCCGUCAGCAUGCAGCCUGUCGUCGCCUUCCUCAGCGGCUCGUCGAAGGAUUUCCAGCUGUACACCUCGCGUGACACCGUGAAGAUCUACGACGGGCUGUGCACGACGGACAUCAACCAUGCGGUUGUCGUCGUUGGAUUCAACAACACGGGCAGUCUCAACUCCAGCUACUGGAUCAUCAAGAACUCGUGGUUCGAAACGUGGGGCGACGAUGGUUACAUGUAUCUCGCCAUGUCACCAGACGUUCGUGGAAAAUGCGGCCUUCACGCAAUUCCGGCCAUGUACCCAGUGUACUACCCCUUCGGUCCUCAGCCCGUGAAGAUUUCCAACGGUCCGGUCAGCCGAAAAGACGACGGCGAUGACGGAAAGUGGUGGACGAAGUCUUACUCCGUCAACUCUGACGCAUGCCAGAAGCUCAUCAACCCGUGCGGGAAAGGCGACUGUUACACCAAGAACGGAAUCGCACGGUGCGACUGCAGCGGGCUGACGAACUUCGUCGAGGUCUUGGGAGUGCCGACGGCGAAAUGCGUGCCUCGGUAUCCGUGUAGCCGGACGAAUGUCAACCCGUGCGGCGCUGGCACCUGCAGCAACCCUGGGGAUGGCACCUAUGCCUGCUCUUGCCCUACCGGCUACGCUAUUGGCGCGGCCUCUGACGGAACGCAGACGUGCGUCGGAGUGGCCACCACGUCGACGUCUACCAUCACCUACACCACUGUUCCCGGCGAUUCCUGCACUGCUGUGGCUGCUGCAUUUGGCAUCACCACCACCACACUGUCCACUUUCAACCCCUUCCUCAAUUGCUCGCUCAUGUACAUUCCUCCUGGAUUCGCUAUAACCGUCUCCAAUGCAAGCACAUCCUUGUCACCCAUCUGCACCGCAACCUACAUCGUUUCACCCAACGACACUUGCACCACCCUCGCCAACACUUUUUUCGCGGGCAGCUUAUCCAACCUUCAAAAGGCCAACCCCCUUGUGUGCACGUCCAGCCGGCCAGUCUACCCAUCUCAAGCCAUCUGCACGAAUGUAACCACUGCAGUUACUAACGUUGUAGUGCCGCAGUGUGGGCAGACGUAUAACUCGGUCGCUGGGGAUACGUGCACUUCGGUUGCUACCAAGUUUCUUAUCUCGGUGACGUCCUUUGCAGGGUUAAAUCCUGGCCUCACGUGUUCUGGCUCUCUCCCCAUUGGCUCCUACAUCUGUGUCGCUCCUAAGUCUGCCCAGACCACGAUCAACUGCACGCAGACAUACACGGUGCUGCAGGGCGACAACUGCCCCAACAUCUGGAACGCCGCCAACCUCACGGAGCAGACCUUCAUCUCUAUCAAUCCUGGCAUCAGGUGCCAGGCGCCCUACCUGCAGGUGGGCCAGAAGGUGUGCAUCAAGUCUCCCGUCCUGGCCACUCUCUUCGCCGACAGCAACACCAGCUACUCCAUCUACACCGUCAAAUCCGGGGACACCCUCGCUCUCAUCUCCGCCUCUUUCAUCAACCGCUGCAUCGCCGCAUCGGUGUCUCCGGCAGCCAUAGCCGCGCAGAAUAAUAUCCUGGAGACGGCGGCGCUGGUGGUGGGAUCCACGCUGAUCAUCCCCUGCGAUUCUCGCGUGGGGAUCAUUGACUGCGGCUGCGCCACCUCCCUCCCGGUUUGCGGGGCGGACUAUGUCACGUACCCGUCGUACUGCGACGCCCUUUGCAACUAUGCUGUGCCUCUCGUCCAGACUGACGUCUGCGGAGGCUGCAACGCCGCCUGCUUCGGCCGGACCGGGCUCACCCCGGCCUCGGGUUACGGAUGCACCUGGGCGGUCUGCCCAUACCCGUUCUGGAAGCCGGCCGAUUCGGAUUGCUCGGUGAUGCUCGGGGAUGCGCCGGGCAAGUGCUGCGAUUUCCAGAAGACCACAUGCCAGAAUAGUUGCACGGACGUGAAGGUGACGCUUGGGGGGACGGCGACGCAGCAGACGACGAACUACAACAAGUGUUUUGCGCAGUGCAUGUGCUGCUCCCGGCUGCCCUGCGGCGCCGCCUCCUGCCCGGCUCCCAGCUCCUGCUGGUCGGAAUCUCCCCGGAAGUGUAUUUAUGCGAGCUUUGCGUACUCCUGGAAUUGUACGUGGUUCCCCCCUGCUUCGCCGCUGCCGUAGAAGCUGGUGCCAGCUGUGUGGGCAAUGAAGGGACAGCAUGGAUUUCUCAUCUGAUUUUACCAUUUCAUUCAUUCGUAUGUUGUUAGUAUCAUCUAAUAAGCGCGUGUAUAAAUUUACUGCUCUAAGUUUCAAUUUUAGGGUGUUUCCUGCCCGUGCUUACGUUUCUUGCUCAAAACCCUA